CUCCUAUAGCUUGGGGCAAGGAGUAUGUGCAAUUUCAUCUUCCAAGCCCCCCCUAUUCUCUCUGAACACCAUGCUGAGAACAGAUUCAACAGGAGAGAUACCUACAUCUCCACAAUUAUCACUAUAUCAAUAUGAGAUUCUGCCGUCAGAGUCUUCAUUUCGCGUCCUCGAGUUAUUCCCCGGCAAGACAAGCGAUCCCGUCUCAUAUCGCCUGCGUAUCGAAGAUUGGACCUCUCCACCUCAGUAUGAAGCGAUAUCCUACGCAUGGGGCGAUGUUCGAGACACGACAUACUCAUGGUGCGAUGGGUUAUGUCUCCCAUUAACAGAGAGUUUGAAAGCUGGUUUGGUUGCCAUGAGAUACCAAGACUGCUCAAGAUUAUUAUGGGCGGACGCUAUUUGCAUCGAUCAAUCAAACAGGGAGGAACGAGAACAUCAAGUCAGUCACAUGAGAGUUAUAUACAAGAACGCCAAACAGGUACUUGUAUGGCUUGGGAAAGAUGUCGAUAACCAAGCGCAGAAGGCUAUGGAUUUGAUGAAAGAGAUCGCCGAAGGAUGCGUUCGUCGAAUUGACACAAAAGAAAAAGGACAUAUAGCGAGCCUGAAGGAUACCGAUGAGCUAUGGGAUCUAUUACCGCAGCAUAUGAUGGGUGGCGUUAAACAUAACGACAGUCACGACUGGUCUGCGUUGGCUUGGUUUUUCUCACGGCCGUGGUUCAAUCGCCUCUGGGUCAUCCAAGAAGUGAACUCAACCCCUAACAUUGAAGUGUUAUGUGGAAAAGCUCGUAUCAGUUGGGAUCAAGCCGCCCUCGCGGCUACAUAUAUUGAAAAGCAUCCCAAAGUACGCCUCUCUAAUGGAUUUCCCGGUUCUUACUACGUGAACGCUUACUACAUGCGUCGGCGGAUAUGGUUUCGCGAUGUUACGUUGCCAUCGUUCCUUAAUUGGGGAAGGUCGUUCUGCGUGACGGAUCCGCUAGAUAGAGUCUAUGGUUUGAUGGGCAUGCCUCCUUUUACUAAGAUGAGUAGACCGUUUCAAGUGGAUUACUCGAAAUCAACAGUUGGUUUAUACAAACAUGUCACAAAGAUGUGUAUCCGUGAUAUGCAAAGCCUUCGGAUAUUAUGCUACGCCCAGCAUCUCGAUGAAGAAGAGACAUUUCCAUCUUGGGUUCCACGAUGGGACCGUGAAGAGCGAUAUCGGCCGAUUAAUGACUCUCUGACCAAGGUCCGGUGGAAAGCAUCUGGUGGCACAAAACCGGAUGUUAGGUUCAACAAAGAUACUUUGACAUUGAAAGGGGCCGUUAUUGAUAUUAUAAUCUCUGAAUUUUCACUCGGAAAUGAUAUACGGUCAAAGGGGGAUUUGGCAACUAACUGUAUUCUUCAAGCCUGGGACACGAACAAUGAGCGUCAUAUUCACCAUGGCGAGGACGAAGCUAUAGAAUCAAUUGCUUUGGCUCUUACAGCAGGAUUGGGCUCGAAUCUACGGAAGGCGUCAGAGGAUAUGAUGGAAUUUCGAGCUAAUUUCACUGCAUACCUGCAACCACUGUUGUAUAAGUCAGGACGCGAACCACGAGUCUUUAACUCUUUUAAUCCAAACGCAGACCUGGAAGGUUCUAUCAAAUACGAAAUGCUUGUAAAAAGGCAAGGUCGAAAUCGGUCCUUGUUUUUCACAAAAAGCGGAUAUGUUGGGCUAGGGCCGAACUGCCGUCAAGGGGAUGUUGUAUGUCUCUUAUUCGGUGGAGAGGUUCCUUUCAUUCUUCGACCCAAGGAUGAACACUACCAACUUGUUGGAGAUGCUUACAUUAAUGGGAUUAUGGAAGGUGAGAAAAUGGAACAACUUAUUAUUGAUAUUUUUCCUAUGGAUAUAACAAUAAUGUAAAUGUAUUAAAUAGGUAUUACCUAAAUUAAUAAAAGUGUUAU